GGGGGGUGGGUAGUCCCGAGGGAGACGCUGUCGGAAGAGAGAGAGAGAGAGGGAGAGAUGAUGGGGUGGUUGCCUUAGGUGGGUGCACGUAGUUCUUCUUUUUGUAACUAGUGAAAGCUUAAGAUCUCAUUACAGGCAGUAUAAAACCUUGGCCAGGCCCAUCGUUGAAGGAGAGGGCCUAUUAGAAUAUUGGAAGCCCCUUGUGUCCUGUUGCCAUUUACGUCAGUUCUCUUCCGUUGGAGAGCUUUUCGACCAGGCUAAAAAAAAACAAUCAGUAAAUGAAACGUCCUUCUUUCUCCACUUUUUAAAAAGCACUAAAAGCCACCGAUUUUCUAAUCGGAGCAGAAAAUGUUCUUGUUCCGCGGUCCUGAUCUACUCGAGGUAAACAAAACGGAACCUUUGUUCUAGGCUGUCUUUCCUUGAGGAGUCCGGACGACUUUCAGAGUUGGACUUGCCGGCGGAGAACUGGGGCCAAAAGACGGCGGCGAAUGCAAGGUAAAGGUAACCUGCAUUAAUCAGAAAUAGAUACCGGAAUCUUUGUUUGGUUAAGGGAAACUACUCAUCAAAAUUCGCUUAUGGCUUCAUUUCUCAAGAUGCUGGAUUGUCUCUCUUUGGUAAACAAAAACCACUGCCAAAGUAGUUUGUGUAGGACUCUUGUAGAUGGUCACCACGCAAGAUGGUUUAGUCGCUAUCAAAGACCCGGAACAUCUGUUGAGAAAAUUUCACCACGGAAGGCAAUUGGUAACUUUAAGAAUGUAGUGGAAGAACUCAAAAUGCAAUAUGGGCUUGUAAAGAAAGAGGUAGCUGAUUUUAUGAAAGAGUUUGACCAAAAACCAAUGGAAGAUUAUUUAUUGAAUCAGACAAAAGUGAUAUGGGAAUUUCGUAGUGAAGAAGAUUUAAAUAAAUGGGUGCUCGGUUCUGACACAGCGAUUGGAGGAAAAAGUGAAAUUUCUCUAAAGCUAGAUAAGAACAAACAGUAUGCUGUCCUGUCUGGGAACCUCAAUACUACUGUACCUCGUGAUGGAGUGACAAAAUAUAGUGGAUAUUGUGCCAUGGUAUCAAAACCAGAAAUGCUUGCUUUUCAUCGUACAAAAUUACAUGAUUGGUCAAAUUUUAAUAGCCUAUGUCUGCGUGUCCGUGGUGAUGGUAGGCCGUGGAUGUUAAACAUCAAUCCAAGCAAAUACGACCCUACUUCAGUGAAGGAUGCUUAUAAUUACUUCAUAUUCCCCCGAGGGGGGCCAUAUUGGGAGGAAAUCGAGGUUCCAUUUUCUAAGUUCUUUUUUACAAGCCACGGGAGAAUCCAGGAUGGCCAGUAUGAAAUGUGGUCAGAUAGGAUCAGCACAUUGGGACUUACUCUGGCUGAUAAAGUAGAUGGUCCAUUCCAGCUGGAUAUAGACUUCAUUGGAUUGUUGAGUGACAAAUCACAUACAGAAACAUUUGCCUAUGAGCUCUAUGAAAGAAAUCCCCAGAAACAGAACAAGUAGAGGACAGUUGUUCGUAUCUGUUUAAAAUAUUUCUGCAAUUGCAUAGCAUUCAAUAGUAAUCUACAGUUGAGUAGGCGACUUAUCAAUGAAUACAAGUUACAUAAGCAAUUAGUCAUGGGAAAAUGACAAAAAUCAAAAUAGUAAAGUAAGAAUUCUAUGAUAGUACCAUCUAGCAUGCAGCCAUUUAGCCAUCACUUGCAUGGUGAUGAUGGUGGGAAGUGAAACUAAUGUGCACAUGCUCCCCAGUCCCCAAUUAGUAAAGAACAUCUGUAUAAGAAACAGAACUGAACUUAUCCUACUUUUUACAUGUAGUUUACAUGUACUUACAUUGGUCAAAAGAAAAUUACUGCAUUUAUUUUAGCUGAAGGAGAAAUGAACGUAUGAAUAUUUAAAUUUUGUACAUGAUUGCCAUCAAGUUGUUUUUGACGCCUAGCAACCUCAGAUAUUCUCCAUAUUCUCCAUGGUCUAUCCCUAAGUUGCUUUAGAUCUUCCAAAAUUGUAUCCAUUGCUAUUGUAAGUCUAUCUGCCUUCCUGUUCAUUCUCCUUAUAACUUCCACUUUCCCCAGCAUUAGAGCCUUUUCCAGAAAGCUAGGUUUUCACAUAUGUCUGAAGCAGAAUAAUUUAAACCUCAUCAUUUGUGACUCUGGUAAGAACUCAGGGAUGAUUUGUUUUGUGAUCCAUUUUUAUUUUUUUGGCUAUCCACAUUCUCUGCAGUCUUCAACACCAAAGUUAAAAAGUGUGACUUCAUGUAACCGCAUCACUUUGCAACAGCAAUUCCAACAGCUGCCAUUGGUAACCAAAUCCCACUGGUACUUGGACAAGGAGUCAAGUUGAUCCAACCCAUUCCUGACGUGGUUCCCUUUCCCAGCCCCAAGCCCCGUAAAGAAAGGGAUUGCCUCAUUUUCAAUUCCCCAUACCCACCUAUGGCUGCCCUGCACAGUAGCACUCCUCAGUGGCAGUGGUGGCAAAAGUAAAUGCCUGGAGCCUUCAGUCCCGGCCUACUGCCCCCGUUUUAGUUCCAGUGUCGUUAGACCCAAGAAUUGCCACCUCAAAUCCUACACUGGCCAGCCACCUUACUGCCACAGUGCGAAGCCCCAGCAACCCUAUAGGCCCUGUCAUACCCAGUUGACUUCCAGUAUCUUUCACUACUAGUGAAGCAUGCCCAGCCUUAUCUAAGGCAGUGGCUCGCCACACCAGGCCUUUCCCCCAAGGCUGCUGUUCCCAUUCUCCAAUGAUGUGUUAUUUUCAGAUUUCUGAGGUCUUCUGAAACAUUGUGAUAAUGCUAUACCUAUCAUCUCCAAAUUGUACAUGCUGUUCUCACAGUGCUUUAGAAAGCUUCUAAGGCCUUCAUAGCUCCUUUUCUCCAAAUCAUUCAUGCCAUUCUUAAGAUCAUUUGGAAGCCUGGGUAGCCAAAUGGGCAGAGAUGUAGAGGGAGUGGAAAUAGACAGAUGAAGUUGAAGCGCCCCUGCAGUCUUAGUGCAGGCAGGCUUGUAAGUGCUCAAAUUAUGAUCACGACUGCUGCAUUGGCAUUAACUUCAAGCAUCAGACGUAAAUACUAUUUGUUCAAACAAUCACUGAACAAAUGGCUGUUACACAAGGAAUACCUGUAAUUUGUCUUCCUUAAUUUUAGUCCUACUUUUCUCCACUAUUAUUACUGGAGCUUGCAGAUCCUUUGCAUUUUUGGCUAUUACAAUUGUAUCAACAUAGCGCAGGUUAUUUAUGUUUGUUCCUCAGACAAGAGUAUAGCAUUUCUGAAGUUGUAACUACAACCAGCACCCUUGGAAUUCAAAUACCAAAAUCAUUUAUUCUGGUUAAAUUAACAUUUAAAUAAAACACACUUUUAUAUUUGAGUGAUAACUGAAAGCAUUUUUGUAACAAAGAGGCGAGAUAAUUAUAUUUCAAAAGAUUUCCACAAAUGUUUGAAAAAACCUGCUAUAAAUUGCUAUAAAGGCAAUUCUUUUUCA